UUGUCUUUUUAUCGAGCUGUUGGCUGUUGUUUGAGUGGAGUGUGGAGUGAGCCAUUCGUUAUACAGUACAACUCAUUAUCUGAACUUGCUUGUCGCAACAAUUUGUAUUAAAAAUGACUACGGAUUACAAAUCCCCUCUUUCAAGUCGUUAUGCCUCCAAAGAAAUGCAGUUUUUAUUUAGUGAAGUUAAGAAGUUUUCAACUUGGAGAAAACUUUGGAUUUACCUUGCUGAGGCUGAAAAGGAGCUGGGACUGCAGAUUACAGAUGCCCAGAUAGCAGAGAUGAAGUCCCACGUGGAGGACAUAGACUUUGCAGCGGCUGCGGAAGAAGAGAAGCUGACACGGCACGAUGUGAUGGCUCACGUCCACGUGUUCGCCAAGGCUUGUCCUCUAGCUGCUCCUAUCAUCCAUCUGGGUGCAACUUCCUGCUAUGUGGGGGAUAAUACUGACCUGAUCAUUUUGCGAGAUGCGUUUGACGUCCUCCUCCCCAAGCUGGCGAGCUGCAUCAGUCGUCUGGCUAAGUUUGCAGACUCUUACAAGAGCCUUCCUACCCUUGGCUUUACACAUCUCCAGCCGGCCCAGCUGACGACAGUUGGCAAGCGUGCCUGUCUGUGGCUACAAGAUCUACUGAUGGAUGAGAGAGCCUUGUCCAGAGCAAGGGAGGACCUCAGGUUCAGAGGGGUCAAGGGCACCACAGGCACUCAGGCCUCCUUCAUGGCUCUCUUUAAUGGUAAUGGUGAGAAGGUGAAGGCUCUAGACCGUCUGGUGACAGAGAAGGCAGGAUUUCCUUCAGCUUUCACCAUCUGUGGCCAAACGUACACUAGGAAGGUUGAUGUGGAAUGUGUAGCAGUUUUGGCUAGUCUAGGAGCUACUGUGCACAAGAUGUGCUCAGAUCUAAGGCUGCUGGCUCACAUGAAAGAGGUGGAAGAACCGUUUGAGAGCACUCAGAUCGGGUCGAGCGCAAUGGCUUACAAACGCAAUCCCAUGCGCUCGGAGAGAGUGUGCGCUCUUGCACGUCACCUGAUCACACUGCAAAACUCUGCACUCAAUACGGCUGCCACUCAAUGGAUGGAGCGGACUCUUGAUGAUAGUGCUAACAGGAGGUUGACUCUGUCAGAGGCGUUCCUAGCUGCAGACAGUGUACUGAUGACUUGUCAGAACAUCGUGGAAGGACUGGUUGUCUACCCCAAGGUGAUAGAGCGCCAUGUACGCCAAGAAUUGCCUUUCAUGAGCACCGAGAACAUCAUCAUGGCUGUGGUCACGGCGGGGGGAGAUAGACAGGUUUGUCACGAGCAUAUCAGGGUGUUGUCCCAAGAGGCUGGGAUGGCCGUCAAGAGGGACGGACUUGACAACGACCUUGUGGACAGGAUCAAGCGACAUCCUUACUUCCAGAACAUUCUUGACCAGCUGGACAACCUACUGGACCCAUCCACUUUUGUGGGACGUGCUCCGGAACAGGUAUCCGAGUUUUUGCGAGACGAAGUUCUGCCUGUACUAAAGAAAUAUGAAGGCAAAAUCAGUGAAAAAACAGUCGAGUUGGAAAUAUAGUUGUUAAGUUAUAUGACAUAUAUUUUAAUAAUUGUUAUAUUUGGGCUAUAUACACACAAUAUAUUAAAAAGUUAUAUUGUUA